CCAGUGCGUUCACAUUGUCGCUAUUUUUCAGCAUUUCGCGGGAUCUGUAAUUUUUAUCGGCGAAUAUUGAGUUUUACAUGGUCUAACAUUGAUUAUAGUGCUGUAUUUAUCAACAAUCAAUUGGUUUUACUGUCCAUUGCUUUGAAAGCAAUAGAAAUAAUUGAGGAUCAACUAUUUAUUUAACUACUUAAAAUGUCUGCUGAAGCCGAAGCAAUUGUCACAACGGCCGCUGCCGAUGUAUCAUCCCCAAGCAAGACAGUGGCUGUGGAGCCCGUUGCUGCUGAUACAACGCCGGACAAUGCUCCGGCUGUGUCCACUGAGGGAAGCGGAAAGGCAGAGCAGGAACGCGCAGAGAAAAUACUUAAAGGCAAGGAGCUGUUCAGCCAGGGAUCGCGCAACUUCCUGGUCAAGAGCUACGACGAGGCAGCUGACGAGCUGAGCCAGGUGUGCCAACUGUACGAGGAAGUCUACGGGGAACUGGCCGAUGAGCUGGGUCAGCCCCUAUUGCUCUAUGCAAAGGCAUUAAUUGCAAUGGCCUUGGACGAGAACAAAGUGAUCGAUGUGCCUGACGAGGCUGCCGAUGACGAUGACGAGGAUGUGGACGACGACGAGGAAGAAAGUGCCGAGGAUGGAGCGGCUAAGAAGGAGGAAAAGAAAGACGCCAAGGAUGCCGAAAAUGGUGCAAGCAGCUCUAACGGCAAGGAACUGGACACUAUCAAGGAGGGGUCCGAUGAGGCCGACUCUACCGGAGAAGCCGAGCAAGCUCAGAGUGAUGAAAAGCCCUCCAAGAAGGUACCGACCGGCGUGGAUGAGGUCAGCAGCAGCAAUGGCGGUGGCGGAGCUGUCGUCAACGAUGACGAGCGACCGAGCACAUCGAAUGGUGAAGUCACAGCUAGUUGUUCCAAUGGUGCAGCAGCUGCUGGGGAGGAGGAACCAGAAGAAGAGGAAGGAGUAAGCGGAAGUCUGCAGUUGGCCUGGGAAAUUCUGGAGGCGGCUGCCCAAAUAUUCUCGCGACAGGGGCUCAGUGGUCUCCCUUACUUGGCUGAAGUUCAGACUGAGCUGGCUAACAUUGAGUUUGAGAACGGAAUACUAGAGGCGGCACGCGAAGAUUAUGAGAAAGCACUGAAGAUCCACGGGGAGCUGCCCACAAGAAACCGACGUGCUUUGGCCGAGUUGCAUUACAAGAUCGGACUGACCUAUUUGAUGCAGCAACUCAACAAGGAAGGAGCGACUGCCCUGCGACAAUCAAGCGUGUUGAUCGAGGAGGAAAUCGCCGAGAUUAAGGGCAAGGACGAACCUAGCGAGCGUGACAGAAACAAUAUGUUGGACUUGGAGGAAACUAAGCAGGAGAUUUUGGCCAAGAUACAGGAAAUCGAGGAGAUGCAGGCCCAGACCAUUGCUGAGGUGCGAGCUGCACUGGAUAGCUACAUCAAGCCAAUGAGCAGUGGCGAUGCAGCUGCUGCCUCCUCCUCGUCGUCGUCGUCAGCCAAUGGAGCCGCCAGCUCUUCGUCGUCAUCCUCCAAAGGUGCUGCGGCGGCCUCCUCAUCGACCAUUAGCAGCAGUUCGGCCAAGCCCACAGACAUCACACAUUUGAUCAAGCGCAAGAAGCCGGAGGAUCCCAGCUCGGAGGCUGAGGCCCUGUGCUCGCCGGCCAAGCGUGCCGCCGUCUAGGGGAAUCAUUCCAGUUGCCCAGUGGCACACCAGCACCCACUCACAACCAAGCCCUUAAAAUACACCACACUCAUCGGCUACUUAAACCAACCCACACGCAUUAAACACCAUUCAACUGUCCUAUACCUCGAACCUACAUAUUUAUGCUAUUUGUUUGCUGUUUUCUACCAAAAUUCUCUGUAAGUCUGUAAGUUUACAAUCACAAUUAGUGCUAAGUGCGUACAUAAAAUAAUGUUUUGUAUUAAACGAAAAAACUAAGUAGGAAGGCAAAAAGUGUACACAAUAAAUACGGGAGAUUUUCCCCAGAAAGUUA